AUGGCCACACAAGCAGCAAAACGCGUUUUAGUAGUUGCAGGUCUAGGAAAUGGAUCUGGUACUGGCGCUGCAACUGCCCGUCUGUUUGCAAAGAAAGGGUUCAACGUUGCUCUUAUCGCACGCGGUAAAGACAUAGUCGACAAGCUCUCUGAAGAGAUCAAGAGUUCGGGAGGGCAAGCGGCGCCAUUCGCCGUGGAAAGCUACUCAGCCCAACACAUCGCCUCAGCUUGGGGUGCCAUUCGAAACCACUACCCUUCCCCAGAAUACAACAUCCGCGCCGCCGUUUUCAACGCGGGCUACGGAGUCUGGAAGCCCUUCCUCGACAUCACCCCAGAAGAAGUGCAAACCUCUCUCCAGACGAACAUCGCUUCCGCCUUUGCCUUCUCUCGGGAAGCUAUUCUGUCUUUCAAAGAGAAUGAUAUUGAGGAGGCGAAUGGAAAGAGGGGGAUUCUUAUUUUCACUGGUGCUACGGCUAGUCUGAGAGGCAACGUUGUCACGAGCGCUUUUGCGGCUGGAAAGCACGGUUUGAGGGCGCUGUCCCAGAGUCUGGCGAAGGAGUUUGGGAAACAGAACAUCCAUGUCGCUCAUUCUAUCAUCGACGGAGGAAUCUUGGUGGAUAGAUCACGCGCGCAGAAAGGCCCUGAAUGGGAAGCUAACGAAGACGUCCGAUUGAGCCCAGAUAGCAUCGCAAAUUCAUACUGGUAUCUCACCAGCCAGGAUCGGUCUGCUUGGACGUGGGAGCUUGACCUUCGACCCGCUCAUGAGAAAUGGUAG